GUUGUCAUUGAUGGGAAUGACGUGUAGAGCCAGAGUUGUACGCUGAAGAUAAUGGACUGCACAGUCAAGCAGCCAGAUGUUGCUCUCAACUAAAUCCAAACUGGAAUGAAUAAGAAUCUAACUAACAAUGAAAGCUUUCUUGGCUGAUCUGUUUCUACUCCUGCUGCUCUCUUCAGGACAGGUUUAUGGAGUUUCUUUCUAUGGCAAUGGCUACGUUCACCUGCGUACAGUGGAGAAGUCCCUUCAGACGUUUAUCCAUGUACGAUUUCGUACUUCUAGUCAGACUGGAAUGCUGUUUCUGGCAGCAGGACGCCAAGACUACUUGCUUUUGGAGCUGAUCUCUGGACACCUGCAGGUCCGUCUGGACCUGGGCUUAGGUGAGCGUUCUCUACGAUCAGUCAAGGGAACUCAACUCAACGAUCUGGCAUGGCACACGGUGGAGCUGAACCACACACAACAUAAUAUCAUCAUGACUGUUGACCAAAACUCUCGCACAAGCGUCAGAAUACCAGGACCAGAUCUGGAGCUGAGUGUGGAAGAUGGGCUGCUUGUUGGUGGGACUGCUGGACUGAACCAUUCCUACCUUCUCAGUACCUCAAGAGGGUUUAGGGGUUGCAUAGAUGAAGCUAUCUUCAAUGAGCAUAGACUACUGUCCAGCCUUAGGUCAUAUUCUGGGGACAAAAACAUCAGCAAGGUUUCUCCUGGCUGUAGUCCACAGUUUUCUGCAACAGUAGGAGAUCCUGUGGGUUUUUCUAGCUCUAAAUCCUUCAUGUCUCUCCCUCCAUGGGAGGUACUUCAAGAGGGGGUGUUUGAGUGUGAACUUCUCCCUUCUGUAAAAGAAAAUGGCAUCGUCCUGUACAGCGCGGGUAGCAAAGGAGGAUUCGUAGCUAUUGAGAUCAGAAAUGGUCACGUGGUGGCUUCAGUGGCAAAUGGAGAAGGGAGUAAAGCUGAACUGCACUCUCUUACGUACGUCCACGGAAACCACACCUGGUACCCCAUCCAGCUGCACCUGCUGCCUCAUAGUGUCCAGAUGAAGAUAGACAAGGAGUUGGUGAGGGCCAGCCUGAGUCAGGAACUUCAGAUCAGCCAGCUCAAAGGGCCUCUCUUCCUCGGUGGACUGAAUGAAGAAGCUCUUGUAGAAGCAAGCCGCGCAGGAAUGUCUUCUAUUCCACCUGAAGGGGGGUCCUUUAGAGGCUGUCUCCAAAAAAUGAGGAUAAACACUCAAAAAACUGGCUUACCACAUGCCACGGUCAGCGAAGACAUUACUGUGGGCUGUAAAAUAGAGUAUGGUCUGAAGACGGGGACAACUUCAAGUCCAACAUUGCUUCCUGAGGUUGAGGUUACAUCUCCACAAGCAAAUACAGUCAAGAAGAAACCUAACUUUUUGUUGCUUAGAAAGCUGGAAGUAGCCGAGGGAGGCCAAGCGCCACUGGAACCCAAACACAUGAAGGUCAGUCUGGACUUCCGUAAACUGGGCAUGCAUCCAUCCCAGUUGAUGUUCCGGAUCGUGGAGCAGCCGGCUCACGGCCAGAUCCGGUUGCUCAGUCCAGACUUGGAUGGGACGCUGAAUGAAGGACAGGAAAGGACUAUAACAAUAGGAAAAGCUGAGAACGACCAAACGUUCAGUAUGCUAGACCUGUGGCAGGGUCGAGUGAUGUAUGUCCACGGGGGUUCAGAGGACCACAAUGACUCCUUUAUAUUUUCAGUCUUCUCCAGCAAUAAGAAGGAACUCCCUAUAUUUCUGAAGAGCAACCAAUUGCACCAAUUCGAUAUCAGCAUAAGUCCCGUAAAUGAUGCUCCUGUCCUCAGCCUACCGAAGGGACACAUGUUUACUUUGCUAGAGAAGUCCAAACGACAACUCACAACAGACAUAUUGAGAGUGUCAGACCCUGACAGCAGCCCUGAUGAGCUUGUAUUCAGCUCCAUGGGGAACCAGGACACUGAAGCUGGGUACCUGGAGCACCAGGAUUUCCCUGGCAGGCCCAUCAACUUGUUCUCUCUAAAUGAUUUAGAGGAAGGUAAGAUCAGCUUUGUCCACACAGGGGUUACUGUCUCCAGACUGGCACUCAGGGUUAGCGAUGGGCAGAAGGUGAGCAACACAGUGGUUUUGAAGAUCAUGACAGUAGCGCUUGAACACAAACUGGUGAAUAACACCGGACUAGAGGUGAACCAAGGCGAGGUUUCCACCAUCACCAGCCGACACCUCGCGGUACAAGUCAAUGUGGAUGACGACACAGUAGAAGUCUGGUAUGACAUCAUAGAGUUCCCCCAGUACGGAGAGAUUCAGAGGUUGCACUCGAGUGGUGAGUGGAAACCGACAACAACCUUCCCUCAGAAACUUCUGGAAAAGCAGCGGAUUCGAUACAUGAGCACCUAUAACGGUCUUCAGAGUCAGGGCAACGUCACUGAUCAUUUCAAAUGUAAAAUCAUCAUUAAUUCCCAGGCCAAAGAGGAGGUGGUUUUCCCCAUAGUGAUACGGCUGAUUCAUUUUAAGGUAACGCGAAGUAAGAUGGAAGUGAAUGGCCUUCAGACUGCUGUUUUAACUCCCGAGGACCUCCAUGUGAUUUCUAAAGGCAUUAAACUCAGUGAGAGAGACCUCUACUUCAGGUUGUUGACAUUACCCAAGAAAGGACAGCUUUUCCUGAACGGCAAACCUCUUCAAAAGAACUCAACCUUUAGCCAGAAGAACAUCACUGAUGGGUUGGUGAAGUAUGAGCUGUUCAACAGGCUGCACGACGACACGAGAGACUCAUUCAGCUUCCAGCUGUUCUCCGUGCAGGCCACCUCCACAACCUACGACUUCAGAAUCAACAUCAAAGCUGAGUCAACUGCCAUCACUUUUGUAAACAGAGGCCUUUCAAUCCUGGAAGGAGCAAGUAAAGUCAUCACCAAAGACACUCUGUUCACUCACACAGCAAGUAAUCGGGAGGUCCACUACAACAUCACCGUGAGCCCCAAGCACGGACAGAUAAGAAAGAUCAACCUCUCCAACUCAACUUCAAUUAAUGAUAAUAUUCUAACAUUCACAAAUCAGGACAUCACAGAGGAGCGGAUCAUGUACGUCCAUGAUGACAGUGAGACGAAGCAGGAUUACUUCAGCUUUCAGAUCAUUGUCUACAAACCACACAAACACACAAAGAAGGAGGAGCGAAUCACAGCAGAGUACACCUUUAAUAUCACGGUGCAGCUCGUCAACGAUCAGAGACCUGUCAGGGUUGUAGAUAAAGUUUUCCAUGUAGCCCGUGAUGGCCAGAGGUUGGUGACCCUGAAUGACCUCCGCUACCAUGACGAUGACUCUGACUUUGAGGACAGCUGGCUGGUGUACACACGCAGGGGGAUUCCCAUGGGAGAGCUGGUGCUGGCCGCUGAUCCCAGUCACCGGCUGUACGAGUUCACUCAGCGCGACCUCCAGCAGAACAAAGUGUUGUUCAUCCACAGCGGGGUGAGUUUUGGACGUUUUGUGCUUUUCGUAACAGAUGGGAAACAUUAUGUUUCAGCGCUACUGGAGGUGAUGGCUCAGGAUCCGUACCUGCAGGUAGAGAACAACACAGGUCUCAUGGUCCAGCAAGGUGGGAUUACACUCCUGACUUCUGCUAACCUCAGCGUCAUCAGCAACCUCGACAUCCGAGACCCCAAGGAAGUGACAUUUGAGGUCUUCAUUCCACCUAAACAGGGCGUGCUCUGCUUUAGCGAUGGACAGAAGGAGACCAUAAUAGGAACAGAUGCCAUUUCAGUUUUCACACAGCAUGACUUGGUGGCAGGGCGCCUGGCGUAUCACCACAGUGGAGGCCAUGAGCUGUCAGACGUUUUUAACGUGACAUCAAGAGCAAGAGAAAGGGAGCCUGUAAGGCGCCUGGAAAGAGGGAGGAGGGAUGUACAUCUGGAUAUUGGAGUGCCAAUAAAGAUAUACCUGGAGAGUCAUCACAGGCCGCCAACCGUCAAAAUUAACCGUGCCGUAGUGGUGGCAGAGGGAGAAAAUGUUUCAAUUAGCAGGAAUCAUCUAGAGGUGGUUCAUGUGGACAGCCAGCCUUCAGAUAUAGUUUUCACCAUCCAAAAACCUCCCGUGCUGGGCAUCAUUCACAAUUCAUCCCAGAGAGAAAAGCUUCAAAACAUGAAUGGAGAACAGCAGCCCCUCCAUAAGGAUAUCGGAGAGUCUUUCACCCAGGAAGACCUCAAUCAGGGAUUGAUCAUCUAUCAGCAGCAGGCUGCGGGAGGCACCAAUGACUCUCUUCUCUUAGAUGCAACCAAUGGCGUGACAAAGGUCGGACCGAUCAAGCUGGAUAUUGAUAUCAUACCGCUCCUGCUUCCUCUACAGUUGUCUGACUUGACUCUUGAUGAAGGGUCAUCCCUUCCUCUCACACCUGACAUCAUCAAGGUUGGAAGUCAUCACUUUGCAGGGAUGAACUUCUUGUACCAGGUCAUCAUUCCACCAAGAUUUGGACAUUUGGAGCACAGCCGGAUUCCAGGGAUGCCUAUUACUGCUUUUACACACACUGAGGUUGAACGUGAGUACAUUUCCUAUGUUCACGAUGGCAGUGAGACGCUGAGAGACAACUUCACCAUUGUGGCCAACCAGACAGAGACAAAGAAACACAGCCUGCCGUCCACUGUUCAUAUCAACAUCAUCCCCGUCAAUGACGAGACUCCCGUUGUUACUGUCAACCGAGGCCUGAAGGUGUGGAUGAAUUCGGUAACAGAAAUAACUACAGAUGACCUGAGUGCGGAGGACUCUGACACUCCACCUGACGGGCUGGAGUUUGUCGUCACACCACCCAGUAAUGGGCACUUGGCCUUGAAGAAUGCUCCGUCCAGACACAUCCUGAACUUCACCCAAGACCAUGUAUUAAGCAGACAGCUAGUUUUUGUGCAUAGCGGUGCAUUAUUGGGUGGGUUUCACUUCCAAGUGAAUGAUGGUGUUAACUUUGCUCCUCGCCAGAUCUUCAGUACAACUGCUCACUCUCUGGUCCUCACUCUGCAGAGAAACCACCCUUUGGUGGUCUAUCCAGGCUCUGUGACACCAAUCUCAAAGCAAGACCUUCAGGUUGUAACCAACAACGUCAGUGACAUCCAAAGAAACCAGUCCCUGGUUUUUGCACUAACUGCUCCUCCCAAACUCGGUCGCCUGGUCCAACGGAUGCCUGACAACUCCACCAGAAACAUUCACACGUUUACACAAAGCAUGGUGAAUCAUGGGGUUGUCCUGUAUGAUCAGAAUAAGCCGGAGUCUGUGGGGUGGUCGGCUGCAGACUAUUUUUCUUUCACUGUGUCUUCUCCACCUGCUUUCCUUCCAUCACACACCUUCACCAUUUUAAUCUCCUACCAAGCAAAUGCACCUCAUGACAACCCCAAAACCAGACUGCUGAACAACGCAGGUGCGGUGGUUGCCGAGGGAGGCAGGGUGACUAUUGACAGAUCCAAGCUCGAUGCUUCUAAUCUCCUGGCAAAAGUUCCAGAAACCCAGCGGAAAGACCACCAGAUCAUAUAUCGAGUGAUUUCUCAGCCGCGACAUGGAGUUCUGUCCAUACGAGGACAUAAUCUCACCAGGAACCAACCAGAUUUCUCACAGGCCACCCUAAACAAGUUCGGCAUCACAUACGUCCAUGACGACUCCGAGACAACGAGGGACAGCUUCACCUUUCGGGCCUGGGUGGCUCCUUUGGAUUCCUCCUCCUUUUCCUCCUCCUCAUCCAUGUCUGCUUUUCCCUCUGAUUCCUCCUCCUUCUCCACUUCAUUUCCCCCUUUAUAUUCUGCCUCAUCAUCUUCCUUGUCAUCGCUGGAAGCUGUUCCUCAUCGCCAUCGUGUCAAAGAAAGAGGGGCCGUGACAGAGAUGUUCAAUAUCACGGUGACACCCGUUAACGACCACCCGCCGCUGAUCAGGAGCCUAGCCCCCAGUAUGAAAGUUGUGGUUGGAGAGAGAGUUGUACUUGGACCUGACACUCUACAGGUUGAGGAUCAUGAUACACCACCAGAGGAGCUGCACUACCUUGUGAUCAGUAAACCCAACAAUGGCUACCUCACGCUUGGAGAAAGACCUGAGCCAGUGACCUCCUUCACCCAGUAUGACGUUAACCACGGCCGGCUGCAUUUUAUACAGCAGGGAGCGCCCUCAACAGGAGUUUUCUACUUCAAUGUAACUGAUGGCCAUCACCGUCCUCUCUACAAACUGUUUAGUUUGGAGGUGAUCAAACCUUCUGUAUCCAUGGCAAACAAUACUGGCCUGUCAUUGGUUCAAGGUCGCACCGCUGUGGUGCUGACGACCCACCAGCUGGCAGCACAAACUAACGGUCAGACGCAGGCUAAUAUCUCCUACACGGUUACCACACACCCUCGGCAUGGACGCAUUGCUAUCAACGACCAGGAGGUCACCACCUUCUGCCACGAGGACCUCCAGUACGGCCGCGUUGUCUAUCACAUGACAGACCUCAGUGAGUCAGAGGACAGCUUCCAAAUCUCAGUGUCAGCGUCCUCUCCCAGUGUGAGAGACUACGGAAAUGUACCAGACCAGACGGUCAAAGUGACUGUGCGGCCUCUGAUCUACUUGAGGGAGCCAGUUAGAGUUCCCAGUGGCAUCGCCGUGAAACUGAGCAAGGCCAUGAUUGAUGCCUCUGAGCUGGCCAGAAUCAGCAGAGCCAACCCGGUCUUUGAGGUUCUCUCUCCACCAAAACAUGGAAAACUGGUCAAGAUUACCUAUGAUCCCAACCGAGCAUUAGAGGUCCUGAAGUCAUUCACAUUCAGAGAUGUUGUGCAGGGUCGAGUUGCCAUCGAAGAGACUCUGAGCGACAACCAGAUCCAAAAUAAGUCUUCUCUGACAACAGCUCGAGGCCAUGCGCCUCUUACACCUCUCAAUGAUUCCUUUAUCUUCUUGGUGAAGGCAGGAAAUGUCCAGCCAGCAAAGGGUGAGCUUCACUUCACCAUCUUCCCCCACCACCAGAUGCGUCAGGCCUCAAGUGGUUUCAGUAAAGGAGAUGGUGGAAGUCUCGAACACACCACCGCCCGUGUCCGAACACACAACAGGACAAUUGCAGGAAGCGAACAAGGAGGGUCCAUGAUGCACGGGGAGGUCAGGGAGCACCCCCACAUUUUGUCACAUAAAAACCAGAACAGGACGCAGCGUACGAAGAGGCCUCAGAACCGCCGGGGGAACCGAACACACAGCGGGAGUCACGGAGGAAGAUCAGGGAACAGUGCAGAAGGAGCUGGAGAGGAGAACAAUCAGGACCCGAUGCCUCACACUCCUCCGGUCCCAGCGAUGCACGGCCCAAUAAACCGUCCUGAUAUUGAACUGGUUCAAGUUGAGGUUCUCCCUCGCCCUGCCGCUGACCCUCUGCUCAUUAUCUUACCACUGCUAGCCUGUUUACUCCUGAUUAUAAUUCUUGUCAUUUUAAUUCUGGCGUUCCGUCACCGCAAAGAGAAACAAGCACGGCAGCGGCUCAUGCAUGAACUGGCUUCAGUGCAGUUACCCACUGAGGACGGCCUGUACCAGGGCCGGCCAGAGCGGAGUAUGGCUAUGCCCUCUGUGAUGGUCACCCCACUGGGCUCUGCAAGCGUCCCCACCUCCCCCAGGAUAAACAUGAGCCCAAGGAGGAGUCUGGCUCCAGGGAUGACCUUCUGGGGGCCAUUUGAAUCUGAUUUAGCAGGUGGCGAGGGGAAUAUGAGAGGGCAUAAAAGUAGUGAGAGAGAUACAGCUUGUGAUAGCGCACUUCCAGCUUCUCCUGCAGGGGUCAAGACCUCAGGGAGAUCUCUGUCCCUCACACCAACUCUGAAAGACAACCAGUAUUGGGUUUGAUGAAAGUCAUUUAUACAUAAACUGUGCCUUAGAGGUGUAUUUUUUGGUGCAAAGGUUAUUAAGGGUACGGUACUUAUGUAUGUGCUUACUAUGGAGAACAAGUGGUCAUCUUAGGUACAGCAUACGUGUAGUUCUGUAAAAAGGACAAUAUAUGCAACUAUUCUUAGUUGAAUAAAUGUGGAGUGAGUGGUAUGAAUUGUAUUAUAUUUCUGUAACUACUGCUGGAAAGGAACAUAAACCAUACC